AUGAACACGGUUGACAGACCGUUCUUGUGUGACGUAUGCGACAAGGCUUUCACCACAAAUGGAACCCUUACAAGACACCAGCGGACACACAUGGGUGAGAGACCGUACCUGUGUAACGUAUGUGAAAUGUCCUUCGCUAAUAAAGGAUCUCUGAAAACACACUAUCGGACGCAUACUGGGGAGAGACCGUAUCCGUGUGACAUAUGUGACAAGACUUUUGCCACAAACGGAACUCUGACAAUUCACCAACGGACGCAUACUGGGGAGAGACCGUAUCCGUGUGACAUAUGUGACAAGGCUUUCGCCACAAACGGAACUCUGACAAUUCACCAGCGGACGCACACGGGUGAGAGACCAUACCUGUGUGACAUAUGUGACAUGUCCUUCGCCACAAAAGGAACUCUCAUAAUUCACCAGCGGAUACACUCGGGUGAGAGACCGUACCUGUGUGAUAUAUGUGACAUGUCGUUUGCGAAUAGAUCCAAUCUGAAGUCACACCAGAGGACGCACAUGGGUGACAGGCCAUACUUAUGUGACGUAUGCAACAAGUCGUUCGUUCAAAGUGAUGAUCCGAUUUAUCACCAUCGGACACACCCACACCAGGAGCCACUAUUUUCCACGGACGCACCAAUAAAGGACAUAAUGCUGUCCAUUUGUAUUGUCUUAUGA